AUGAGUAGACGUAGUAAGAAUGGACAAUUACCAAUUCAUAAUGAUGAAACACUCCCACCUCAAGAGAUAAUAGAUUUAUUCAAGAUCAUAUUUAAUGACGAACUAUACAAAUCUGAUGAAACUUUUGAAAAACUUUUAGCUGAUGUACAAAUAGUUAAAUCAGAUUUGUAUAAUAGAGAUUAUAUUAAUGCAUUCAAUAAUGAUAUCAAGAGAAUUGCUUAUUGUUGUAGAUGGUCACCAUCGAGAGCUACAAGUUAUUCUUCAUUAUUUGCUCAUCUUGAUGAAGUUGUUCAUGUUAUCAAAUGCAAAGAUAUGGAAGACCAAUCUGUUCUAUGUAUUGGUGGAGGUGCUGGGAGUGAAUUCAUUGCUAUUGCCAGUAUGUUCACCACAUCGAGAGAAUUGACCUCAAAAUAUGCGACUAAAAAUAAAGACAAAGAUGAAGAUGAUGAAAAUGAACAAGACGAUGCGGAUGCAUCGAGGAAAACAACUUUGAAUUUGCAAUUGGUAGAUAUUGCCAAUUGGGACACUAUUAUCAAGAGAAUCAAUGAUACAAUCUCAGAUAAGUGGUUAUAUAACAAUGAACAUGAAUAUUUUAAUGUUAAAUUUACAGAGAAUGAUAUUUUAAAGAUGAGUUCUAAAGAAUUGAAUCUGCCGAGUUUAAAUCUAAUAACUUUAUUAUUCACUACCAAUGAAUUAUUUUCAGAACAUAAAGCUGAAAGUAUUAGAUUCUUACAAAAACUAAAUAGUGAUUGUCAAUCAGGUUGUCUCUUAUUGAUUGUGGAGAGUGCAGGUAGUUUUUCUCAUAUUACUAUUGGAACUAAAAAAUUCCCCAUUCAAUUUUUAAUCGAUACUGUUCUAGUUGGUAAAAGGGGUGAAGAACGUCAUGGAUCAUGGGAAAUUAUUGCACAGAAUGAUAGUAUUUGGUAUAGAGGAGAUACUAGUUUAGAUUAUCCCAUUAAGUUGGAAAAUAUGAGAUUCUUUUAUAGAUUAUACAGAAAGAAAUAG